AUGCUAAUACUUAUAAAAUCACCAACUAUUACAUUCAGUCUUGAGGUACAACCUGAGGAUGAUGUACAGGUGUUAAAUGAGAAGAUUGAAGUCGGUAGACCAAUAUCAAGAACUGGUAUCAAGGAGGAGACCACAAUCCAAAUGUCCGUCAUCAAAGAGAUGUCCUUCAUUGUUCUCUACAACAACUUUGAACAUCCUCUAACCAUUCCAAACAAUGAUGGUAUCACCAUAGCAACUCUCCAAGCUCAAAUCAAGAUCAAACUUAAAUCUGACAUACCAUUGUUGGCUACACAUGAUUCGGUGUUGAAGAAGGCUGGAAAUCCAACGGUGUUGACAAAGACUCAGUUGAUCCACUCGACUUUGUCAAACAAUGAGGUGUUGGAGAUGGAGUUGGUCGAGGCUCCACCUGUGCCUGCUGGUGCCGAUGAGGAUGUCUUUGAUCAGGAGGCAUUGUUGAAGAGUUUUGCCGAGACUUCAAUAUCAUCAGAUGUCGAGAUUGUCUUUUGUUUCGAUACAACUGGAUCAAUGGCAUCGAUCAUUCAGAAUGUCCGAACCCAAGUCGAGUCAACAGUCAGUCGUUUGAUCAAAGAUAUACCAAACAUCCGUAUUGGUAUUAUGGGUUUGGGUGAUUAUUGUGAUGCUGCCAAGGUGUUGACCACAUUGGAUCUAACCCAGAACUUGGAGGAGUUGGUACAAUUCAUCAAGAAUGUACCUGCGACUUCUGGAGGUGAUGCUCCCGAGGCCUAUGAAUGGGCCCUCAGGAAGGCCAAGACCCUCUCAUGGUCGACCCACACUUCCAAAGCUUUCGUUAUGAUCGGUGAUGCCAACCCCCACGAGCCAUCACACACCAACCUAUCCAUCAACUGGUUCGAAGAAUGUGAUGACUUGUAUGACAUGGGAGUCAAGAUAUAUGGAGUCAAGGCAUUGGGCAACUCACCAUUCUAUGAGGAGAUUGCAAUGAGAACUGGUGGAGUUUGCAUCAAUUUCAAGAACUUCUCAUUCAUCACUGAGAUGUUCUUGGCCAUUUGUUAUCGUGAGGCUUCAAAGGAGAAGUUCAAACAAUUCGAGUCAGAGUUGGCCAACAAGAUUGAACAGAACAAUGACAUGUCAUCUAUUAUGGCAGAUUUGAACAAGGAUAACUUUGAAGUUGUUUGUGAUGGUGAUGGUGAUGGGUCGUCAUCCAAUGACAACUCAAUCAACACUACCACUUCAUCCUCUUCCACCUCAUCUCCAUCUAACAAGAUUACCAAGAUACGUGGAAAGCCUACCACCAUGCGUUGUACCGAGACCUGGUUCGACCAUGACAAGGACAGACGCUUCAAUGCCAAUCCAACUUAUUACUUCCACAAUAACUUGGGACACUUUACAACCAAGUUUUUUAAUUAA